UAUGAGCUUAAAUGGUAUUUAGGUCUUGUCGGGGUCAUAAUUCAAAUUAUGCCCGAUUCUUGAGUUAUUUUCAAGAUAAGAUAAAAACGAUACGAAAGGGAUAUCGGAAGCUGCGGGAUCCGAAUUCAGUAGUCGCAUGCUGCCGAAUCAUAGAACGAAAAUGAAGUUGCUUUGUCUUCACUUAGCGGUCCUAACUGCUGCAACUCUUCUAACUCCUACAGACGCCUAUCGUCUGCCAACAACGGUUCUACCAUCGCGCUACCAGGUGCACCUGAACCUCUCCGCUCAAGCUUUCACCGCCAAUUCGAACGACUAUGAAGGUUACGUCAUUAUCACUUUAAGGGCGACCCAAACCAAUGUCACUUCCAUAAAACUCCAUGCAGCUCACGACUUCAUCGAGAUCACUUCAGCUUUUGUGGGCAGCAAUGACGUUUCUAGCAUCGUGGUCGAUAACAGUACCGAUAUCGUUACUUUAAGUGGCUUCGGUAAUCUCUCUGCUACAUCCAAUAGCAAUUUGUUUAUUAACUUCAAAAGUAGGCUGAGCACUGGUGACAUGUUUGGAUUUUAUAAGAGCAGCUAUAACUCUAGUGGGGUGAGUAAGUACUUGGCUACAACUCAGUUCCAGCCAGUGUACGCAAGACGAGCGUUUCCUUGCUUUGACGAGCCAGCGUUUAAGGCAGUUUUCGAGAUUUCUUUGACUUAUCCAAGAGAUCUGGUCGCCUGGUCUAAUAUGCCCGGAGCGGUUCAUAAUACUAGUGACUUGGUCGGAAAUGAUCCAACAUUGAAGACGACUCAGUUCAAUUCCAGUGGUCAGAUGCCGACUUAUUUGGUGGCAUUCAUCAUAUCGGAUUUCACGUGUACCGAGGGAGAGAACAUCGAACAGAACUUGGUGCCGUACAGGGUGUGCUCCACGGCAGAAACCAACUCGACCAGAACGUUUGCCGUAGAGGCAGGAGUACCGCUACUAAGGAGUUUGAAUGCUUACACAGAAUACCCGUACAGUAGCAUGGGUUUCCCGAAAAUGGACCAAGUGGCCAUUCCGGAUUUUGCGGCCGGAGCCAUGGAAAAUUGGGGUUUGGUUACUUAUAGGGAACGUUUGCUGUUAUGGGACGAAGCGGAGUCUACGACGGCAGAACAGCAGCAAAUCGCCACAAUUAUUUCGCACGAAUAUGCCCACCAGUGGUGGGGUAACUUGGUCACGAUGCAGUGGUGGGCCGAGACAUUUUUGAACGAGGGUUUCGCCACUUAUUUCGAGUAUUUUACCACUCAUGAUGUGUUCCCCGCCUGGCAACUGGACAAACAAUGGAUAAACCGCGUGUUCCAAAGAAUCCUGGAAAGCGAUUCCUUGUUAUCGUCACCGGCUCUACAGCAGGACGUCAAUACAGACGCUCAAGUGAUGGCCCGGUUCGCGUCUGUAUCUUAUUUAAAAGGUGGAAGCAUUUUCAGGAUGGCCGAACAUAUUGUGGGAAAAGAGAACUUCGUACUAGGACUCAGGAACUAUCUGACAAAAUAUGCCUUCCAAAACACUCUUCCAGACGAUCUUUGGAACGCCUUGGAUGAAACGUUAAACGUUACCACUAGGUCUAGACUACCAUUAAACACUAACUUAAGUACCGUCAUGCGAAACUGGGUGGUAACCCCUGGGUUUCCACGCUUAGAGGUGCGACUUGUCAGCACCGCUGUUAUAGUGGAACAAGUCGGCAGAUUCUUGGUCAAUGGCGAGAACGCAAGUGCAAGAUGGUACAUUCCCAUCACAUACUCGACCAACAUAAAUAAUAACUUUGAGAACACUACAGCCAUGGACUGGCUGGAGCCACUUGGGAUUGUUCAGAUCUCGUUUGUUAAUAACGAACAGUGGGUGGUCCUGAACAAUGGCGUAACUGGUUAUUACAGAGUCAACUACAAUAAUCUUUGGGAGCCAUUGAUAGCCGCCUUACAAGCCAGUAACUUCUCAGGAAUCCCCGAUAUUAACAGGGCAACUUUCGUGGAUGACGCUUUCCAGUUUGCCAGAGCCAACGUGUUGAACUACAGCCAGGUCUUUGACAUUAUCGAAUUCCUGGCUAAUGACACCUCUCACUAUCCCUGGUUCCCUGCGAUUAAGUCUUUUAACUUUUUGCUCAGGAGGGUGGGUCAGGACUCCAGACUAGGAAACGUUAUGAGUAACCACAUUUUGCGUCUACUGACGAACAUUUAUGCUUCAGUCCCUUGGACGAAUGUGAACACUACCAAUCACGCUUACUCCAUGAAGCAAGUGGAUGUUUUAACGUUGGCUUGUAGGUUAGGGUUACCUAACUGUUGGCAGCAUGCUCUGGAGAGAUUUGGAAUGUACAAAAUAACUGGAGAAAGACCCACGCCCAACUUAAGAAGCGUCAUUUACUGCAACGCUUUACGAUAUGGAAACAACGUGGAUGACUGGGAAUUUUUAUGGAGGGCAUUCGGUGCCACCCAAGUGGCUAGUGAACAAGUGAGGCUUCUGUCAGCUUUGGGCUGUAUCCAGGACGAAGCCACCCUUCAAAGGUUCCUAAACUUGACUCUGGAUCCUAACUCUGGAAUAAGGAGCCAAGACGCCAUAACCGCUUUUACGUCAGUGUACACCAGCAGCACCGUGGGUAUCUCCGUGGCAUUUAAAUUUUUAAAAGAAAAUCAUCGAUUAAUCGACGAGAGGUACCAAAGCCUAAACGCUCUGACCAACAUGGUCACUGGAUUGGCCGAAAGAUUUACCAACAGAAGUCAAGUGGAUGAGCUAAGAGCGUUUAUCGAUACCGGUCUGCUGAGUGAAGAGUUCCAUACGGCGGCCACAGUUGCUGUAUCUACAGCCGAAGCCAACUUGCAAUGGCUCGAAGAUAAUUGGCUUGAACUGCACGCUUAUUAUGAAUUGGAUCCAGAUGAAGCUGUAGAGCCGAAUAACACCACUACAUCUACCAGUCCAUUGCCUCCGGUUAAUGUUAGUACCACGACUGUUUCCACUACGACAGAAGGUGGUGCUGCAGGAUUGGCGGCCGUACCGGCGGUAGUCCUCUUGGUUCUGUCAGUGAUUUUAGGAUUAAGAAGAUUAGACGGUAUUAAAGAUGCUGAUAACGCGUUUAUUACUUUGAAUAAAUUCAACCUGCAUGUUAAGUUCGUAUUAAUUCAGUGGCUUUCAGGUUGGUUGUUCAAAAUGCAUGUAUCAUCAUAUAUUUUGGCCUUAUAUUCCAUUUUGGCCGCAGCCCAGACCUAUAGACUACCAGAAACCGUUUUACCGUCCAGAUAUGUGGUAGACCUCUUCGUUCCUGAAGAUGUCUUCACUGGACAAAACCGCACCUUUGAAGGCACCGUUUCGAUUAAUUUUAAAGUAAACGUGAACACAUCAGAGAUCCAAUUGCACCAUAGAGUCAACUGCACCACCAUGGAGCUAACCUACGGCACAUCCAACAUUAUAACUAUAUCCAACUCCACUGAUAACUCUACCACAGAAAUCCUCACUCUUACUUUAUCGGAAUCUUUAUCGCCAAACAUUGAGUAUCAGCUUAAAAUCGGCUAUAAUGGCAUUCUAGAAGAAAAAGACAUGCGAGGCAUCUAUAUAAGCACCUAUAAGAACGAAACCAACCAAACCACAUACAUGGUAACCACCCAGUUUCAAGCUACUAAUGCAAGGCAUGGGUUUCCUUGCUUCGAUGAGCCAUGGCUCAAGGCCACAUUUCUUAUUAGUUUGACUUAUCCAGCCGGAUUAACUGCCCUAAGUAACUCAGCUACGGAUAAUACGACUGAUGUAGUUGUAUAUGGGACUACGUACAAAAAAACAAAAUUCCACGAGACCACCCGGAUGUCAACCUACCUGGUGGCAUUUACAAUAUCAGAGUUCACAUGUACUUCGGGGGAUACCAUUGAAACUGGUGUGCCUCACCAAGUAUGCUCCAGAAAUGAAGAAAAGGAUGAUAGAAAAUUCGCUGCGGAGGUGGGCACACCAUUGAUGAGAACCUUGGAGAGCAUCACUGGAAUAAAAUAUGGUGCGUAUAUGCCCAAAAUGGACCAACUGGCCAUUCCCGACUUUUCUGCUGGGGCAAUGGAGAACUGGGGCUUGGUGACCUACCGGGAGUCACGCUUGUUAUUCAACGAAGAAGACACCUCGAACAUUUACAAGAAAGACAUCGCUCUGGUGAUCACCCACGAGUUCACCCACAUGUGGUUCGGUGACUUGGUGACUUGUAGAUGGUGGGACUACACCUUCUUGAACGAAGGCUUUGCCAGGUUCUAUCAGUAUUUCGCUACUGCUGCAACGAAGCAGUUCGUAGACUGGGAGCUUGAGAAGCAUUUUAAUAUUGAGCAAGUGCAGUUAUCUUUGCUAGCGGAUUCCUCGUUGGGAUCCCAAGCCUUGACUGCCAAAGCUGAAAGCCCUAGUGAGGUUUCAAAUAAAUUUGGUACCAUAAGCUACGGAAAAGGUGCCUCCAUCUAUCGCAUGAUAGAAGUAAACAUCAUGGGAGCAAACAAUUUUUUACAUGGCAUCAGAGAUUACCUUUCUACUUACAACCAGUCUAGCACCACACCAGCUAACUUAUGGUCUACCCUUGAAAAAUAUACUCCAUCAAAUGCCCUCCCUUCAGGAGUUUCUUUAUCAGGAGUUUUAAACAACUGGGUGGAGGAAAAUGGACAUCCCGUGGUGAUAGUCACCAAGAGUGGAGAUCAUGUGAGCCUAACGCAAAAAAGAUUUUUAUUGAGCGAGAACGAUAAUGCCUCUCUAAAGUACUACGUUCCAAUCACUUACACGCUCUCAAAUGAUACCACCAAGUUCUCAAAUACAACUGUGAAAACUUGGCUUAUUCUUGGCCAGACUGUGGUGCUACCUGGGGUCUUGAACGAAAAUCAUUGGAUUAUAGUCAAUAACAGGCAAUCAGGGUUCUACAGGGUGGACUAUGACAGCUCUCUCUGGUCAGCAAUCAAAUCUCAGCUUCACUCCAACCACUUGGCAAUAGACGUCCUUAACAGAGCUCAGCUUAUCAGUGACGGCUACAAUUUUGCCAGAUCCACUCGCUCUGGUGGUUACCAAGGAUGGAACUAUACUGGACUUAUGGACCUUCUAAGCUAUUUAAAAUACGAAGAAGAUUACUAUCCUUGGUAUGCUGCGAUCACUGGUAAUAAUCAUGUUUUGCAAAGGAUUGGGUACGACAGUGAAGAGGGAAAGCACUUUCAAAUCUGGAUGCUUAAACUUAUGACGAACGUAUACAAAACCGUACCGUUUGAUGUCCUCGAUAGUUCCAAUCAGGUGUACACCAUGAAACAAAUAUUGAUCCUCACUAGGGUGUGCAUGUACGGUGAGGAAAGAUGCGUUACCAAGUCCAAAGAAUUGUUCGCGAAUUAUAAAAAUAACGGGGUCAAGGUGCCGAAGAACUUGAGGACUAUCGUUUACUGUACGGCUCUGAGGCACAGUACCGACGUCAUAAGCGAUUUUCACUUUUUAUGGAGGAAGUACGAGGAGACCAAACAGAUAUCGGAGAUUUUGACUAUUUACGGUGGACUGGGGUGUGCGAAUGAUUCUGACUUGUUAAAAUGGUACCUCGGCCAAACAAUAAACUCAACCUCAGGCAUCCGUUUACAAGAUUUCACCUCGGUGUGGUCCCACGUAUAUACCAGCGGAAAACUUGGCACUAACUCAGCUCUAGACUACAUUAGUGAAAACUAUGCAGCCCUUAACGCCUCGUACACUGGGGUUGGUAGCUUAAUUUCUAGCAUAGCAGAUUAUAUUUACGAGGAAAGCCAGCUGGAGAAGCUGGAAGCGUUAAGUAAUAUAAAGGGACUGUCUGAUAGUCAUAAGGCUACAAUUGAAAGAGUCAUUAAUUCUACUAAGAGUAAUCUAGCUUGGGCAACGACAGUGAGGAAAGACCUUAGGACUUAUUGGGCCAGUGAGGAUCAGGCUGAUACGAGUGGAGCAUUUAAGGUUUCGGCUGUGGUGGUUUUGGUGUUCAGUGUUCUGGUGGGAAGAUUUUUUUAAAGUUUAUUAUAAGGAGUAUGUCAA